AUGGAACUAGUUUACGAUAUUCUUGAAGAGAUCCGAUCUGAAACGCUUUGGUGGAUGGUAACAAACUUGGCUCCAGGAAAAAAGAAAGACCUUUUGCCUCUCAUAACGGCCACGUAUUUGAAUAAAAAGCAGUAAGAAUGUCAUAGUCGGAGGAAAGGAAAGAGGAGUGACUUGAUCAUAAAAUAUAAACAAAAAUCAGCUUGUUGACGCUGGUUAGAAAAGAUGCUAGAAUUAAAAAGAGGCCCGAUAUUGGACCAACGUUCGUUGUAGGUACGUUUAAGCUAAACAACACAUCUAGAUAACUGUUACAGUUUAGAUCAGUAUGGAGACGGCAUUUCUAUUGGAACCAAAGCAAAAGGAAAUGGCCCUCGAGUUCAAUGUCAACUAAGAUAACUAAAGGGGUAAUAUUGCUCGUUGUCUCUUUGCCGAACUUACAUUUUUAAUGGCAAAAAGCUUAAGGUGCCUAUUUUUAUACAUGUUGCAUUUCACGUACGGAAAAUCCGGAAACGUGAAGUAGAGGUACCGUGGAAAAGAUAUGUGAUGAAAAAUACUCUUUAUUUACUACUUUGCCGCUCCCUAUCGAUGCAAGGACUUGGUUAAAAUCUCAGAUCACAGUAGCAUAACAAUGUCCUAGAAAACCAAAUGUAACUUAUGCCCAUAGAGCGUAAUUUAGUGCUUUUUCCGUAAACUGAAGAAUGAACAGCGCUAUUCCAAUCUUGAAACAGAUUGAUUUAGCUGGUUGAGUCUCACUUGAUAGAGAGCCCUAGCCCUAAGGAAAUUUUAUAUACUGAUUUCUCAGACGUUUCCCUAAACGCUCUGGCGGGAUUUCUCCACAACAUUCAUAUAUUAAAACAAACUGCUAUGCCACUCUCAUAACAUCAGACUUCAAUCCCUUGGAUAUCACGUGAGUAAAAAUCAUUAGAUUUUGAUCACUCCGAAUGCAGCUGAUCGAGGCAUAGGAACAUUAUGCAAUAAAUAGGUACUUGUCAUUUGAUAACAUUUUAUUUUAGGAUACAUAUCAAACUCAUGGGGUACAAAUAGUCUUAACAUGAAUGUAGUGACCACGCCCACUUCAACACCCCACUCAAAUCGAGUGUAAUUUUCGAAUGUUUUACCAUCGUGCGGAUUCUCUACGGAAAAAGCACUCAAUGUACCUCUGAAAUAUUAAACUAUAAUAUUAUGGCUUUCUAUUUCGCUAAUUUUCUAACUUGAAGGUAAAGUUUUUCCCUCGUCAUUUUUACCUUUUCUCCGAGCGGUUGCGUGAAAUUAACAAGGCGUUUUUGAUCAAAACACGACCGAGCGAAGGGUCUCGGGCGAUAUCUCUUUUACACAGGCGCAAAUUAAAAAUGUACCGCCAGAAUCAAAAAGAAGAACAAAUUUCCUUUGUUUUGACAUGUAAAGUGUCGAACAAAAAGCAGAUUUACCUUCGUCAAAUGGCGUUUCAAAACAGCCGUAUCUUCCUCCUUUUGAUUUUUCCUGUUUUGUAAGCGUGAAAGCAGUAGGAGAGGGAUCGGGAAACUCAGAAAGCGCUUCGGGAAUUAAUCUGCCAUCGUUUACUUACAAGAUAAACAAGUAAGAUUUGUGAAGUUCGUUGAAGUAUGAAGUCUAAAUAAAUGCCUUUUUAAAGCUUGUUUGCUGAAUUUUCCGUAAACUUUCCUGAUUAAUUUUUCGUUUCAGCUUACUAGCCUAUACUAUUUCAAAGCAAUGUCAAGACGAAGACAGAGAACCAUGAGUCGGUCCUUUCAACAAUCGUAAACAAAGUGUUUGAGCAAUCAGGUAUACGAGGUGUAAUAAUCAAUAACUGCAUAUUAUAAGUCUUCAGAAAGAAAGUAUUCUGCCUUCAGAAAGCUGUCAAGAAAGCUAAUAAUCGUGGCGGAAGGCAAUUAAACGGGCCCUCGGUAUCGAUUUAAUAUCAUAUCGAUCUCAAUAUCAUACAGUUUUGUAUAUUUCUUCCGUGGAUUCGCCUUUCUAACGAGGGUGUAUGUUGAGAAUUCAUUGCAAAAUCGCUUUGUGUUUUUUAAUUUCCCUCUUUGACCUGUCCGCCAUUUUGCCAUUUUGAAAAUUCGUAACGGAGAGCAUGCGCAUUACGUGGGGUUAGUGGUUGCGUAUACCUGGAACCGAGAAAAACAAAUGUUCGUCGCACUGGGGAAAGAGUUUGAUAUGAUUAUAUGAACUUGGUUAAAACAUCGAUAUAAAGUUUAGUAUUCAAGACUGGGUAAUAACGCAAUGUUAGACAGUGGUAAAUCAAAGAAGAUCUAACGGUCUGGAAUUGAAAUUAAUAAAUUCAUCAGUAACUGAAGCCAUAGCGUGCUUUUUGGCCCACGGCUGUUACAAAGUUGUGCUUUCGUUCUUUCAGCCUUUAUACCUUUACAUCAGAAUGUGUAUUCUCCACACUGUUCUUUAUACAUUUCUUUUGGCACCGACGAUGAGAAUUAAGAUAAAAAUCAAGAUAUUUUAAGUUUGUGAUCGUUUCCUUAAUUCUCUUAAGCCUAAUGCUUGAUUUAGCAGUGAUACCUCAGGGAGAAAUUAGAUGUUAGUCACCCUCAGGGGUUAAAGGGUUAAAGAAAACGAAAUAGCUGUAUUUACUCUCGUACUCUUACAGGAAGCACAUCAGGCAAUAAUUAUAGAAAGUCUUAAGCUUGAGAAAAUGGUUUCGGUCGGGUGAACAACUGUCACUGCAUAACUUUGUUUAACUUUUUUUUUAAUGAUCGAGCGCGCUGUCGUUUGGUGAACAAGAUAACUCUUCUGCCUUCUAGGCUUAUUCCUUGCAGAAAGUAGAAAUACACCGCCUGGAACUUAAAAAUCAAAAAUACGAAGAUGUUUAAUUUACAGCUGCUAGUGUUUAUUUCGAUCUUGGAGACAGUCUUCACAAUGACAGCGGAUCUCGAAAUUACCAGGAAAAGACGACCUGUUGACAAAGGAUGGAAGAAGGGGAGAGAUUCGUUCAAAAUUCCUUCAUCAUUAUGUAGUAAGAAGUUCGAUUGUAAGACAUUCAACGCUGAGGAGGCAAGUUAUGGCGAUGGCUGUUCCUGCUUAUGCCCCCGAAACUAUUCGACAUUUAUUUUUUACAAGAAGACUUGGGGUUGUCAAGAGAACAAGAAAGUUCGUACUUUAUUAGGUGAGUAAAAUACCACGACGUUUGUGUAUACUAAAAAAACUGAAAAAUUUCAUUUUCAAUUUAAAGGUAAACACUGAAAUAUAACUACCGCAAGGGAAUUCGUCAUGGUAUGCGCUAUGCAUAAAUCAUGAAUAAUAAUAAGUACCACAACCUAACCGCGAUAAAGAAUAAGUAAAAUUAACCUCAAAAAAUCAAAAUUAUUUUAUAAGGCCUUCCUUAAUUUUUGUAAAUUAAGGAACCUCCAUAGGGUUUUUGUUCAAUUUUUUCGCUUUUUAAGGUCACUAAGAGCCAUCAAAAGGCGAUUAGCAAGGUUCGAACUAUCAUUUGUUGUAGUAAAUCAUGACGACUUCAACACAGACAAAGUAUGUAAUUCUGCGAACCCCACUUGAGUGGGGUUCGUGCAUAUGUAUGAGCACUGUUACCUAGUAACGCGUGACGUAUUUUACGUCACGUUUCACUGGGAGUCUUGGAUGGAAGCUGUGUAGUAAAACCUGUUUGAAUGCGGUCUGAGAAACAAGGAUAGAUCGAGAAAUUUGAGGUGAACUACGUCUAGUGUUUUGAACGUAAUUUGGAAAGCUUUGUUUGCUUAGUGGAUAAAGUUAAAGCAGAUGUAGCUUAGAAAAUGGUUUUGAUCUUUGAAAUUCAUAACGAUUUCGUCCAUGAACGAUUUUGCAAAUUCACGCCUGAAAUUGAAGCGAACCGUAAUUUGAGCUUUUUGUUUAGAUGAGUUUGGGUGAUAUUUAAAAAUAAAAGUAGGUCUUCUUAAAGGAAAGACAUUGUUCACUGAAGGGAAAGGUUUCUUCGCUUUCUUUUCCGAUUUGGCAAUGUUCGAUCCCUGAUCUCUAGUGGAUCACAGACGCGGCAAUUCCACACCGCAUUCCAGCCGUCAAAGGAAACGAUCACGUAAUUAUCGUCUACUUCUUCAACAGUGCACGCACACCAAACUCCUUCAUCGGCUGCUUCAGCUUUGAAACCCACAGUUUGUGGAAAAGCCAUCACGUUUUUAGUCAACCGUGCGUUUAGCUCAUGCGAUCAAAACAAGUUUGCGAUCGAUAAAGCCAGUCAACUUGUUUUAUAACAUAGCUAGUAAAUUUGUCUAAUCAAAUUCGAUUGCGAGAGCGUGCUUCACGUUCUAUUUACUUUACUAUCUAAACAUCUAAAAUAACACUUCGCAAUGUUGAUUUAUGUUAUCAAUUUUAAGAUUUUAAUCGAAGGGCGGAGUAAAAAAGAUACACACAUAUCACGUUAUUAUGAGUUCCCCUUUAAGUUAUAGCACUUUCACAUUCUCAGAUAAAUUUCCUUUUCGUGGAUCUAUGAGUGGAAAAUUUAUCGCACCUUUUACAAGAAAAAGUAUGCGCAUUUUGAUUCGUGAAUUUUCUUACACCAUCAUGAAAUUCUUCCUCAUAGAGCUAGCAGUGGAGCGUUUUUCGUACGCAUCUUUCGUGCUCUUCAAACUUCCUGCGUGCUUCAUAUCUCGAUGAACGCACGCUGACGUAUGAACCAAUUGUUAAUUGAUGAAUCUUUAAUCGGUCGCUAGGACACUUAGUUGUGUCUAGUGUUCCCGGGUCGUAGUUGUUGAAGUCGUAAUGAUUAUCAAAAUGAUAAACUAAGGCUCCUAGAAGGGAGCAGUCACCAGUGAUAAUUUGGCUUUGCCUUUGAAUUUCUUAAAUUUGCUUUGGUGAGAUCUCUCAAAAUUUUCACGAUUUGUGAAAUUUUUCCUUCCAAUCAUCUAAAAGCCGAAAAAAUAGGGAUUACAAACGCAGUUUUCACGCUAUUUGCAAUUUUGUGUUUUCUUCCUCUAUUUUAAAUUUGGUGUUAUGAAUUUUUUUAAUCAACAGGCACUAGGAAUGGCACAAAUGUGUUUAACGGUCCAGCAAAUCUUAGGAAAUUCCACUAAUGGAAACGCGAUAAAAAUCUUGCUUGAAAGAUCUAAAUUUCCUUUGUCACAAAUCAUUAUGUAAUGGAAUAGAACUUCGCCAAGAUCUAUAUCUGAUCAUGCGUAAACUUUCGAAUCGAUCGCCUUUUGGCAAUCUUUCCCACGGUGUUUUCUUUUCGGUUGACCUCUUUUUCAGCCGUAGAAGGCCUAUGAAUAUUACGGGUGGAGUUCAGUGCUGGAAACCCUAGAUUUCAUCACAUAAAAACUGUAUUAUGUUAAACUGUUUUUAACACACCUAUUCAGAUAACAAUCGUGCGAUCGUAUCGAUCUACCAUGUUUGCUUUGCUAAGUUCGCACCCCGAUCUCGCGCGAUCAAAGAACCCUAUGAGCCUCCUUAACUUCACUUACCUUUGUGUGGUAAACUCAGAGAUUUCGAACUCUUUAAUCACUCUUUGAUCAUCUGUCAACAGGAGGCGAUACAAAUACGUUCUUCCGUUUUAAGAACGAGAAUGAAAGAAACGAACUGCGCAUGUUGAACAUGAACGAAGAAAGAAAAUUAAAACUGAAUCGCACCAAGCGCAGCUGUGCCCAAGAGUCCGCGAGGUAUUUUAAAUGUGGUGACGGCGAAGAUGUAUUGCCUGAAAGAAGCCCUUUUGCAUUAAUAGCCAAAGAUAAAAAUUAUUAUAUCAAGGUAUUAUUAUAUCCCCGCUAAUUAUAUCCCAUGCUUCAAUCGUUUUCUCAUGAACAACAGACAAUGAUAGUAGUCCUUACCGUAAACUGAACAACAUGUCUUGUUCUUGUUUGGUCAAUGGGUUUUGUUCAGAGUCAUUCCACCAAUCGAAUCGAAACUAACAGUUAAAACUAAAGGAGACUCACAAGAAGCCAAUGAGAAUGUAGAGUGAAACAAAAAACUUUCCCGAAGCCCUGGAAAACGUGAGAGACCCUAAUUUGAUUUUCUGUUUUACUUGUGCAUCUAAUUGGUUGAGAGGGUAGCGUGAGUGUUAUAGACCAAUCACAGAGCAGCAAAAUGAAGCAAAAGCAAUGCAAUCCCAAAAUAAUUCCAAUACGUGAUUGGAAAAUUGCUUGAAAUAAGUUGAAAGUGAAAAACAGAAUCGACUUUGGAUUUCAUUCACGCCAUAAUAAAGAUAAGCCAACGUGGAAAAGAAAUUAGAAGCAUGUGCAUUCUAAGAUCUCCUCUGCGCGAUAGAACAUAACCAUAAUGUUGCGUUGAAUUGCGUUAAGGUAAAUGAAACGACAAGCAAAGACUUCUUGAAAGGACGAAUAAUCAAGCUCAAGAUAAUUUGUACUAACACACGGAGAGGCUUGAAUGGAAGCGGGGUGUUAUUGUUCAAAUAUGAAGGAUCCUUAAAUUGUAAGUUUUUAAAAUCUUCCAUACAAUAUUCGGAGUUUGUGUUAUCUUUUAUCUCCUUGACGUUUUUACCAUGAAAGUUAUACAAGAAAUUGCCGAGGGUAUUUAGGUCAAAUGAAAUACGCAGUGACAUAGAGUAAUGUUGUGUCAAGGUGUUGCCCCACUCGAAUUUAGAAAAAAUUCGAAUUAAUUUAAUUAGUUAUAAAUCUUUCUCAUAUGAAGACAUUUUCAAUGCCGUCAUUGAACCACCUACAUGAAUAUGGCGAUCGCCGUAUUUAUGUAAGUCUUUAUUUUCUUUGACAGAUUUGCUGAUUUUGAUUUCAUAAUCAUCAACCGAGUCUAAGACCCGUACUGUAAGCCAUGAGACAAAGUUUUUUUCGCUCUGAUUUAUGACCCAAGCGUGAAGGGCGUGGGCCAUAAACCGUUGCGGUAAAAACGAGGUUCCGUAACUUGCAGUUCAGAUCGAAAAAUUGAGGCUAGUAAGGUUUUUGUUUUAUCUCUGGGUUCAAAUACAUGGGAGGAAAUUCCAAUUCAAAUACACGUUUGAAUUUAGUGGGCUGAACAGGGAAAUACGUCGCACUAAGUUGACCAAUCAUGGCACACGUACCAACUGGAAUAUGGUGAUGUUUUUGUAGAACCAAUUCUAUUGCACUACCAAAUACUGUACACUGCAUUUGGUUCUUUCAGAGUGAUGUAUGAGUCGCAUAUGACAUCGAUAUCCUCAUAUAUAAAAGCAGAACAUUUCAAGGUUUUUUCGGGUUACGAAUUAUGCCUUAUUUUGCUGUUGGUAUCACUGAGAUAAAUUCCAUGACCGCAAAACUAUCAAGUCUUAUCAGAAUGUUUUCUUUCAAGGUUCUAUAACAAUUCCCUUAAACCCAAACACGGAUGGAAAACUACCCUCCACGCCCCUCAUUGCUGGUGUUACCACUGUCAUUUUAGUACUCCUUGUCAUUUCCUCCCUCUUGGUUUAUCGACGCCAAUAUCUAAAGUAAGUGAGUCAAAAUUUUAAAGGGUAUAAAAGACAAAAAAUGUCAUCGUUGAAAGUCUCAUGAACUGUAAAAUUAAUAGUUUUUGUUUUAAAUUUUUCUCUUUAUGUCAUUUAUGUCUUUGAUAGGAGGGACCCUCAUCCAAAGGGAGAGAGCCACGACAGACAGGUACCGAAAAAGACAUUAUUCUGGUUGAACAUUUUCUAUUUUUUUACUCCUUAUUCAAAUUUUUUUCAGGAAACAGAAACACCAUGCGCAGAUCCGGAAAAUGGAACUGAUAAUGAAAAUGGUUUAACCGAACUUGCUUACAGGGAACCAGGUUAGUGAAGGCAUCAUCACUGAUACGGUAAUCGAAAAGUGCUUUGAAUAUCAAGAAUGAAGAAUAUAACAACCGUUGUACAUCUGUAAUUUGGAAAAAAGCGUUUCGUGAUUAUACUUGUCUACUGGAUUAAAACAAGAGAAAUUAUAACAUAGCUAGUAAAUUUGUCUAAUCAAAUUCGAUUGCGCGAGCGUGCUUCAUAUUCCUAUUGUGCACGCUCAUGACGUCAACAAACAAAUCCCUCGAGAAAAAAAUUUUCCUUCGGGUUGAAAAUGUUAUAAAACAAUCGGUUAAUACGUCAGCUGUGCGUUCAUCGAGAUAUGAAGCACUUGGGAAGUUUGGAGAGCACUCAAGAAGCUAGAAUUUACGCAUCUUUCGUUUUCUCCAAACUUCCCGCGUGCUUCAUAUCUCGAUGAACGCACGCUGACAUAUGAACCAAUUGAAAAUGUUGUGGUGAAAAGCUUAUCGUUUAUCUCACGAUGUAGAGACAGGCUAUCAACUGUGGAUUAAUAUCAGUAUCUGGGCAACUACCCACCUACCCCUCCCCUAACCCAGCAACAGUCAAUUGAUAACAAGUUAGGGUUAAUGUUGGAUUCGGGGAAGGGGUAAGUGGGUAGUUACUCAGAUACUGAUAUUGAUCCCCUGCGGAUCAGCUCAACUGUGUUGAUCGCGAUGUUUCAACCGCAAUAUUGCCAGUCUUCGUCAGGCAACGAGGUCAAAAGUACACUGGUUCGUCAUUAUUGGUGUGAUCUGGCGCGUCAUCGUUGGUGAAGAGAAAUUAGUCGAAACAUAGAUGAGAAAGAGGAAAAUGACCCUAAAAUUAAAGAAUUCAGCCGAAUCGGGAUCGAUUGCGGGAAAUUAUCAUGAAAUAGUUUCAUUUUCAAUCUCUGCACUUUCUGGAAGCGUUGACCAAUUUAUUUUUUAAACUUUGUUUUAGCUGUUUUUGCAUCAAGCUAUCAGGCUCCUGUUUACGAUAGAGAGGCACAUUUAAGCGGUGAAACAGAAAAUAAUGAUAGUUCUAAUGGAGAACACAUAUACGCUCCCUUGAACAUUUCUGAGGGACCAAGUGUAUAUGGCCAUAGAGACGACCAGGAUAAUUGCCCCAUGAGUAAAGAUCAAGCUGUUUAUGGUCUCAUAGAGGAACUCAAUGUUGCCCAACCGGUGCGCAACAGUUUUGAGGAACCACGCCGUGACGUUUCUCACAGACCUGGCCAGUACGGCAUUGUGUCUUCCGACGAACCAGUCUACAGCACUUUGGAAGAGACUGCCCACUGCUUUGACGACGGUACCCUGCCUACACAAAGAACUCUUGAGUUACCAUAUGUUAAAGAUGUGGAGGAAUCGAUUCAAUAUCGUACCACGGGUCCUAAAGAGCCCGUUUAUAACACAUUGGAGGAACCUGUUGGUGAUGAUGACAAUGACCCUGUAUAUAACACUUUAGAGGCUCCUGAAGGUGCAGAGGAUCCUCUCCAUCCUCGUGCUGUGUCUACAGAAGAACCAAUCCGUCAUACCUUGGAACAAUCCAAUCCAAACAUCUCAGAAAAAGCGGAUGACUUGAAAUUUACGACCGAGCCAGUAUACGAUAUUGUUGAAGAGGAUACAUCCUAAAAACGUUUUUGUUGAAGGCGAUAUUCAGGGCUCUAGAAAAAAAAGCUCUCCUUGCUUCGUAUGCCAUGCCAGUAUUCAAGUUAAAGAAAAGGGAAUUAUAAAAAUCAUUGCAGUCGGUACAUAGAAAAUUAUCUGUUAGAUAAUUUUUAUGAGUCGAACGUAGCUUCCAGUUAUACUUUUGUUUCUUACUCGAGCAAAAUCUAGAGUCUGAGAGUGUAAAUAAACAGGCCAGUUAUGUGCAUGAAAUGGCUUAGAAAUAAUAAGGAGGUCAGACUGAAAAAGAAUAAUUCCUUAAAUAUUUUAAAAUAUGCACUGUUAGAUUUGAAAUGAUUAUUUUGGAAAAUAGAGUGUUCAUAUCCCAAAGAUGGUUAAUUGGUUACGUAUUAAGAACGACCUGAUAGGAAAAUUAGAAAGAUUAAGUAGCUUGUUAGAAAUUUUCCCGUGGUGAGACGCAGCCCUGAUAAUAAUAUAGUUCUUGUAAUAUAUAAUAAUCAGUUAAAUAAAAUUAUCCAAUACUACUUUUAUCGACUUGUUUACCAGUAUUCCUUGAUUUCAAAGGAGAAAUAUUUAAACCUCUUUCAAAGUUUUAUUUACCAAGAUGACUAACCACAAACGAUUUUGCGAUAUACUCUGUGAUUGUUCUAGUUUUAUCAUUUCUCAGUCAUUUUAUCUAAUUUUCAAAAGGCGGCAUUUGUAUUGCUGCAGAGGCACCAAAAUAGUCAGUUCUUAACUUCCUUAACUUUCUUAAUAGCCAAGUUAUUUUCGUAUCAGUGAUGAUUGUAAAUAAACUUCUGAUGCGUUUGUUCUAAAUCAAAUUAUGAUAAAUCAUAGUCAGUUCAAGUAAUGAUUCGAAAACAAAAGUCCCAUACUUUUGUUUUGAAUUUAACUAUGAUGAUUUACACAGGCUAAACUUAGUUCUAUAGUUUCUUCUUAGUCUCAGCCAAUCAAAUUAGGUCAACUUAGCUAUAUUAAAGCUACUUUAAGGUUAACACAUAUAUCUCCCACAAAACAGUGAGGAACCAACUAGCGGUAAAAGAAUAGUUUUGCUAACGCCAAAUACAGGCAUGUUCAUGAGUCCUAUUUAAAGUUCAUUGGAACGAUUACCUUUUCAGUUUUGCUUUGGUUUAAGUCUAUUUGAGGAAUAGCAACAAAGCAAUUGCCGAAAGCCAACAGAGAAACAAUAUACAAACAAUUGAGACGUCAACAAAGAUGAGAGCACUUAGCGUGGUUCAAUAGACACGUAAAUUCUGCACGCAUUAUGACAUGAUUUUAUGAUUCAGCCGAAGCAAUUUAGUAGAUAUUUAUAGUUGAACAAGACCAUACGUCGAAGUGUAAGGGGGAAAAAUUAACUUUAUGAGAGGAAAUGUUACACGUCAAGCGACUAAGGAAACGUCACGUUGAAUUUUCUGACGUCGACAAGAAAAAAAGUUGAACCUUUUUACGAUCAGAUUAAUUUCAAGAUUUCAAGCAAACGGUGUUCAUUAGUGAAGAAAGAUGAAACUAUUCAAUAUUACGAAAAUCGUGAUUAUUGCGACCUCCUUUAUUACCAUUAUAAAAUCAGCGGAGCUCGAGAUCACCAGGGUAAGACCAAAAGGAAGGAAUGGAUGGACGCAAGGCAGAGAUUUCUUUAAAAUUCAACCAUCCUUGUCUACUAAGUACGGUGGGAACAACACGACUGUGAAUUGUGCAAAAUUCAAUGCUGACGAGAUUAGUCAUGGUGGCGACCAAUUUACUUGUUCAUGCUCCAACGAGAAUGGUACAUUAAUACUCGAAAACGAUGAGUGGAGAUGCCGACAAAAUUCUCACGUUCGUAAACUGCUAGGUGAGCCCAUAACGAAACGAUUUUUUCGAUUAUUUCAGUAGAGAUAAUCUUAACUAAGAUAGGUAAUAUAUUCAAAGUUAGUAACUUCUCUAAAAACAAGUUUCAAAUAACAGUUAUGUAGUCAGCGAUAUAAUUCAUACUUUUGUUUCAGCCUUAUCAUUCAUUCUUCUUGAUUCUUAAAAUCUCUUAAUAUUACUUUAUUUACUUAGACUACGAACCAUCACACCCUAAUUCAAAUUGUAGACAGUCUUUUCAUUUUGUGUGAUAUAAAUCUGCUCUGAUGUUCAUAAAAAGCGUAAAAAUAGGAACAAUUUAUCAUAACUAUUCCACUAACAGUAUUGGGUAACAGUUGCCCCUAAUCGAUAACAAUUCUGAAGUACAUCAACAGACCGUCUCCCUGUCCAAGACUCUCAAACGUAACUUAUUUAACAAGAACUCAAAACCCUUUAAAAUUUCUUAAAUUUUAUAUUGUUGCAAUGGUAAAAAAAAAAAUACUGCCACAAUAUACUGAAUAAGGAGCUUCAAUAAUUACGCCCCCGGAAAUGUUCUUCAACGAAAUAAUUGCAGCGUAAUGAAGACUUUAUUCCGGUUUUCCGAAAUUUGUGGACGUUAGGAUUGGUUUAUCAGUCUUCAUAAGCCUUGACACCCCGUCGUAACUGUAUUUCUUCUCUCGGUAUAAAAUUGCCACUCAGCUAAUCUGUGUAUUCAAUAACUCAAAUGUAAAAAAUGCUCGCAUUAAUCUAUUCUUUCGUAGGAUACACACGACAGAAUAACGUCCAUUUCGAGAACGAGGGCCAUGACGAUGCAUUACGCAUGCUCACGAAUAGUGAGUUCAGAAGAGUGAAAGUGUGGUGGUUUUGGUUUAAUUGCGGUGUGGACAAAUAUAAAUCUUGGUAUAUUGCAUGCAACGGUUCUGAGAUUCCAUUAAUGGGUGAUCUGCAGCUGUUUACCAUAGAGAGAAGAUACCAUCACAAUUUUCCUUAUUUUCUGAAGGUGAGAAGCAAGUGGUUUCCAUAAAAGUCCUUAUAUUUGGCCUAUCAUGCGACAUAAACGUAAUUAGGUAUAUGCGGAGGGUCAUCGUGCGAACUUGGGUUACCUGUGGUUUAAUGCGUUAAUAUUAAAAAUGACCACUUGAUUUAGCGGUUACGUAUUUGUGUGUUGUAUCAUCGUAGGCAGAACCAGCGUUUUUAAGUAAUACAUCUGGAGUAGUAUUUUCGCGGCCAGAAAUACGCUAAACGAACUUGAUUGAUGAAAUAAAAUAAGAUCAAAUUGAAAUAGACCCUUUGAUCUUUCUCAAAUCAAUCUAUCCGCCUUUAAGAUUAUAAAGCAACCCUGGCCUUACGUAUCAAACCUUUGCUGGAAGGUAAUCUUUAUUGGGAAAGAAAGCCGCAAUAUUAUUCGUUAUCAAAACGACGUAGGCCUUCGAUGGAAAGAUGAUCGAAGCAAAAUGUAUCGUCGCAUGAAAAUAUUGAAAAAAAUCCCCUUUUUUUUACUGGUAGUCAUAUUUUAAUCCAUCUGUUAUAUUGCCUUUCUUUGUCUGUCUACAGGUGAACAGUGGCUCAUCGAAUGCUGAUUUAUUGAACGGAAGAAUUGUCAAGCUUGGUAUUCAGUGCACUGAUAAUGCAAAAAAUCCCCUGAGCACAUUAAUGCUGCUGUUUAAGUACGAGGGCAAAGUGAAUUGUAAGCUCCGUUUUUCUUUUACUUACGUAGAAAUAUCAUAUACAGUGUAGUGCCCAAGAAAGUACAAUUUCUUACCUAGUAACUCUAUUUCUUAGCUUUCUUUUAAACUUCAGUCGAUUAAUUGCCUAGCGAUGGGUUCAAUAGUACUAAAUAAUGAGUAACCCUCAUAGUAUCCUAUUGUUCGCUCUCUGCAUUACAUCGGCGAUGUCAGCCUGAGAAGGUAUAUGAAUUCAGUCUAGUCCAAGUUUCUGAGGAAAACGGAGGCGGGAUCUUGUUAUUAGGAGGAAAAUUGUCGUGGGUAAUCUUAAACCAGCUAAAACGCUCAAUAUUGCAGUGGGCUGGCUGCACUACAAUAUUUUGAUAUUGUAGCAGUGCUUGCGGCAAUAUUUUUGAUAUCGCAGUCUGCUUGCGGCAAUAUUUUAAAUAUUGGAGUGGGUUCGCUAUAAGCUGUUACCGUUUUAAUUUUUUCGCUCAGUUAAAAAUAAAUAAAAUUAAAUAGGUGAUUAUUGAGGCUCACAUCACUAUUGAAUAUAAAGCUGUGAGACUCAGUAAUUAUCUGUUAAAGAUCAACAUCAGUCCACAUUUAGAAGGUCAAAUCAGCUCAUAUUUAAACGUACCUCAAAAAUGUUAAUCUAAGAUAAUCGCACAAGACUCACUCACAUAUACCAAAUAUAUCUUUCUAUUCUUGAAUAUAUGUGCUCUUUUUAGGUUCGUUAUCAACACCAACCUCUCAACCUAUGGUCUCAACCAAGUCUUUGCGAAACAUUUUCACUUCAAAAACAGCGGCCACAAAAACAACGUCAACAGCAAAGGCUAAAACUUUGAAAACGAAUACUAUAGCAACCACAACGUCAAAGUCAACAGUAACUACAACAGCAAUACCUAAAAAGGACACGAAAGCUAUACUAAAGGUGAGCAACUUGACAUUGUCUCUAAUUGCAAGUAGUCCUUGGGCUUAUAUAGCGAACGUAUCCCACAUUCUACUUCCUUUUCGAGGGCGUAGCUUAUGAUGUAUGACACAGUUUGACCCCUCCCCCUUGUAAAAUCCUGGCUACGCGGCUGCUUUUCGUUCUUUUUGUUUUUUUGUUUCUUUCAGUACCCCCCAAAAAUGAAAAGCAUUAAUAAAGGAAUCAUCUUACUGACCUUUUGUCCAUGGUCCGAAAUGAAUUGUUCGCUCCCCUUUUUGUUCAUUACCCGUUGAAAAAAUUACGUGAAUGAGAAAAUAAAAGAGGUACUUACAACACAAAAUAAGCGAGGAAAUUAAGAAAAAAAGGGGGAUGAAGUUAUUUAGCGUGUACCAGAAUCUCGGUCGGAAGAGACGAGCGAAAAAGCGAACGAGUAACAAUCCAUCAUAAGCUUCGCCCUUGCGUUAGUUCUUGAGACCCGCUCCGCAAGCUAAAAGUACGAGAAAUACGUUGCCAGAUUUAGUUCAGACUGGUCAAUUUGAAUACAAAUUUGGACGUAUGAAAGUUUCAGAUGCGUCUACGACGAUUCGUUCCUUUGACAAGAGUUAUUAUCUAUUUCCCCAUCAGGCUACUGUCUAUCCAAAUCCUAGCCGUGAGCAGAGAAUCGAUAAAAUUUCAUCAUCCAUUACCCUCAUCGCAGGUCUUAGUUCUUUAAUUUUGGUUAUUGUCUUCGUUAUCGUCAUAUUGGUUUACCGGCGUUUCUAUUCAGGGUAAGUUAAUUAUAAUUACAUGACGGAUAGUAUAUCCGCUGGAAAUUUCAUACUAUGCUUUUUAGCUUCACAGCAAUGUUUAUACCUUUUUGCGCAACAAUUCUUCAACGGAUCUAGCCUUUUCAAGAACCCUCAUUCCAGAGGGAGUUAAGACAUAGUAGUAGGGGUCCAUGCGCGUUGCCACCGUGAGCGAAAUUUGCGACACUGGUUGGAUAUUACUUUUUGCGAAAGAUUCAUCUACGAUUCUUAGAAGAAGAAAUGUGAUUUCAUCCUAGAUAACUGUUUCAACUGCCAAAAUAUUUUUUCCACAGCAUGAACCUCUGCGUGAAAAACAAAACCGUCGAAAACAAGGCAAGUUUCUUUCGAGUUCCUUCUGCAGAAAUUUUUUUACAGUUAGCCGGAUUGCAUAGGUAUUAAAAAGCUUUUCCUUGUUUCGUCCUUACAACAUUAAUUGUAGGAAACAGCUGUAGAGAACGGUGAAACAAGCUCAGCGUACGAGCCGGAAAUUGAUGAUGAAAACGUUUACAAAGAACUCGAGUUGAGAGAGCCAGGUAAAUAACUGAUUUCUUAACUAACAACAAUUAUGGCGACCGGAAUAAAAACUUUCUGUCAUGAAGCGACUAGCACUAGACACAAUUAUCAAAAUAGAGAAACACAAAAGAACUCAACGCGCCUUAAAAAAGAAUGACGUCAACUAUAACAACAACAAGAUCAAUCGGGGACCAGUCGGUAUUUACCGCUGGAAGGGGAGGGGGAGAUUUUUGUGGGAGGAUCACAUGGUUUUCAGGGGAAACAGACAAGGGAUCAGUCAUCGACAACAGAGUAUGAAGGGAGGACAAAAAAAAUUGACGGCCAAUAAAGGUCAAUGAAGGGGAGGGGGGAAUUAUGAGAACAUUAGAGAGCCUUACGUGAGGAUCAGGUUAAUUGUAUUAUCUUUAACUGUCUUAAGACAGCUUUAAGAGCUAAGAUACUAACGGUCACCGGUUCAAAGCAGUUCAUACCUCUAUUUGUGAUGAUUUUUUUCAACGUAUCUUACAGCAGUCUAUCAAAUGCUAAUUCAGUGCAGAGCUGCACAACCAGCUGCCGAUGGUGAUUUUCGUGAAAACCAUGUGUACGAAUCUGUAGACAUUGUAAAGGAGCGAAACUUUUAUGGACCUAAGAGCAACCAGAAAACAGCCCAUAAUGCCUCAGGAGCUUCAAAUUAUUACGAUGCAACUGAUAUCAAGAGUUUGUCACAUGGUUCCUUUCGAAUAGACUAUUGCGACUACAGUGUCAGGGAGGUGCAAUCCUCAGUCCCUUUCCAGGGAUCUGUCGAGGGACCUGAUGAUUAUCUUCAACCAGUGGACGAUGUGUCGGUGAAACCUUACUCAGAAGUUGCUAUAGGAAAUGUCAACUAUGGUUUUAUGUCAAUGAAAGAGACAGUUGAUAAUGAAUUAGAGGGAUCUGCCAAACUUCACGGUGUGCAAUCUGUGUACAACGUAUUAGAAGAACCGUAUGCUGAAAGUGCAGAAGAACGAAGUUAUUAUGGUCCUUUGUCUUUAGUUAUAGAUGAGCCCAUUUACAGCACUGUGGAAGAAUCUCAGCUUUAUGACAUUCAAGUGAAAGAUAAUUCCGAAGGUACAUACGAGCCAAUCUACACUACUAUUGAAGUAGAGUCUCGUGAAGGAAAUAUAAACAACACACAAUAAAUAUGGUUGUUCACAUAUAGUAUUUAUAAUAAAUUAUAUUUUGACGAGUAAUGAAUAUGCAUCAACAAGUUAAAAUGGGGAAGAUAUUAGAGGGUUCGUUGCUCCCAAGCAUGGUUUCGUUCUAAGUUAUCUUUUAUUAGUGAGGAGAGGGACCCAGGAAUUGGGUGGGCAGCUUGUAAUUCAGAUGAUAGUAGUGCAUAACAGUUAUCUGGAAGGCCUUUUUGAAUGCCGAGUGCAACCUACUAAAAUUUACGGAUAUUACACUUUACCACUGAGAAUCAAUUACCCACAAACAUAUUUGGCAGUGGAAAUGAGCCUAUUAAUGGAC